ACUACCCCAACUAUAAAUGCAGAAUCAGCAAGGGUGUGUGGCUGAGUUUCCAAAGCAACUGAUUUUGCCUUGUCCAGCAAAACAAAAAGCAGCCAUGGAAGAGGAGGUGACGAUGAGUAUGACAGAAAAGGAAACAGCAGCCAUGAAUAAUCCACACUUCGUGCUGGUUCAUGGUCUUGGUGGAGGAGCUUGGUGCUGGUACAGAAUCAAGUGCCUCAUGGAGAUUUCUGGUUACAAGGUUUCAUGCAUAGACCUCAAAGGCGCAGGGACUGAUCGCUCUGAUGCUAAUUCUAUUGUAUCUUUUGAUGAUUAUAACAAGCCUCUCAUGGACUUCAUGUCUGCCUUGCCUCAUUCUGAACAGGUAAUAUUGGUAGGUCAUAGUGCUGGAGGGUUAAGUGUAACGCAAGCCACUCACAAAUUCGCCAACAAAAUCCGUCUGGCGGUGUAUGUAGCAGCCACCAUGCUAAAAUCAGGCUUCUUGACUGAUCAAGAUACCAAAGAUGGAGUACCUGAUUUUUCCCAAUUUGGUGAUGUGUACGAAUUGGGAUUUGGAUUGGGAGCUGAGCAGCCUCCAACCACUGCCAUGGUGAAAAAGGAAUUCCAACGUAAAAUCAUCUAUCAAAUGAGCCCUCAAGAGGAUUCGACUCUAGCAGCACUGCUUUUAAGGCCAGGACCGACCCUAGCAUUGCAGAGUGCUCGAUUCAAAGAAGAUGGGGAAAUGGUGGAGAAAGUGGGGCGGAUAUACAUUAAGACGAUGCAUGAUAAUGUUAUAAAACCAGAGCAACAGGAGGCGAUGAUAAAGAAAUGGCCGCCAUCUCAAGUGCAUGUUUUGGAUAGUGACCACAGCCCCUUUUUCUCUGCCCCUUUUUCACUCUUCGGCCUACUCCUUAAAGUUGCAGCAACUUCAGCUGGAUAUAAGUAGUUAGUACCCCCCACCCCCAUUUCUAUAAAAGUCAAUGCCUCAUUCUUGUGUUGCUAUUUUUAGAGUGUGAAAUCCAUCAAUCAAUCAUGGAACCUACAUUUCCUCAUAAAUAAUGAUUUCAUGAUUUUCCUUUGAA